AUGCCGGACACAUCGGAACCGCCAACAUUCCCCUUGGAGCUGCAGUGUCAAACUUGUGGAAGAAUAUUUACCUCAGAGGGUGGCCUCAUAAUGCACAUAGAAAAUAUGCACAGCGGAGCUAGACCAUUUCCAUGCCCCAGGUCAGAUUGCAAUAAAACAUUUCCAUCAACAGAACAUCUGAGAAAACAUAUGCGAAACACCCAUCAUCCUUCCAGGUUGAAAUGUGCUCAAUGUGAUUCAGUUUAUUCAACGAAUUCUGCACUACGACGACACGAAAGGAUCCACUCAAAACUGAGGAGGUACACUUGCUCUCGUUGUGGCGCAGGUUUCGACUUGAGUGAACCAUACAAAAUCCAUCUUCGUCAACAUGACGGUCUGCAACCGUACUCUUGUUCUAUAUGCGGAAAGAAGUUCACAUCAAGAGCAGUUUGCAGAAGACAUCGCAUAAGUCACAAUAAAGUUCCAUAG